AUGUAUUCAUCACUAAUUGAUUUUUGUUGGUUUGCUAUCGAUUAUCAAUUGUUAGUACUAUUAUUAUUAGCUAUUGUUUUAGUAGUAGUAGUAGCAGUAGUAAUCAUAGCUAUCUAUCGGUACGCAACCCGUAAUCAUGAUUACUGGCAACGGUUAGGCCUAACCGGUCCCCGACCGCUGCCAUUUGUCGGCACAAUAGCCUAUAUGACACGUACGCCACUACAGGAACUGGUAGUUAAAUGGCAACAAAAAUAUGGUAAACUCUAUGGUUGUUUCUAUGGUAACGAACCGGUACUGGUUGUCGCCGAUCCCGAACUAAUCAAAGAUAUUCUGGUCAAAGAUUUCGAUGUAUUUGUCGACCGAGAUAUAGUCGGCGAUCAUCCGAUACUUAGCCGACAUUUGUUUCACGCCGUCGGUAACGACUGGCGCCGAAUCCGAUCGAUAGUUACGCCAGGAUUUUCAUCGGCCAAACUCAAGGCACUGAUCUAUCCUCGGGUUCGGCAAUGUUUGGCCGAUCUAUGUUCGGCAUUGGAUGUCUACACUGUCCCAGAUAGCUCUAAUGGUCAUCAGCGGCCAUCGGUAGACAUGAAAACAGUGUUUUGCAACUAUACAUUGGAUUCAAUAGUCCGGACGGCGUUCAGUCUGAAAAUCAUUCGCCGAUACGAUCAAUGGUCAGACAAUCAGAUUCUAGUGAUGGCAAAGAAAUUUUUUCGUACAGAUCUCUGGGCAAUAAUUGGACUGAAAAUUAUGCCCAAUUGGUUGCGACAGGUAUUGAAUUUGAAAUACUUGACCGACGACCAGACCAACCAGUUUUUCUUUGAUCUAAUCGGUCGUAUCAUUGAUGAUCAUCGGCAGAGAUCAGCCAAUAAUACUAAUGAUAUGAAGAAAUCGUACGACGAUUUCAUGGAUCUGCUAUUGAUUAGCACAAGACAAGAGUCGUCGUCGUCAUCGUCGACGGCAACGGCGACACAACAGCCGCAACAACAACAGCGACCAAAAUAUCUGACCGAAAACGAACUGAUUGGCCAGUCGUGGGUAUUCUUUAACAUUGCCCACGAAGUACCGGCCGCUGUCCUAACGAUGGCCACCUAUCAGUUGGCCAAAAAUCCCGCGAUUCAACAGAAACUGUACGAUGAAGUUAUGGCGGCUACGGCUUCGGCCAACAACAACAAAAACACCGACGGGUCUGACGGUAAUAAUAACGAUGACAUCGACUACGAUAUCUUAGCGAAACUUCCGUAUUUGGAUGCAAUCGUCGCGGAAACACUACGACUGUAUUCACCGGUUCAUCAAUUAUAUCGUAUAGCUGGCCGCGACUACCCGCUUGGCGAUACGGGUAUUAUCAUUAAAAAAGGCCAGAAACUGGAAAUACCUGUCUAUGCUGUACACGUCAACCCGGAAUACUAUGACCGGCCCAUGGAGUUCAUACCCGAUCGGUUUCUACCCGAAACUGGUUACCAACCAAUCCAACCGUACACUUACCUACCGUUUAGUGCCGGUUCCCGGCAGUGUUUUGGCCAACGUUUUGCACUAAUGGAAAUCAAGCUAUGUUUGGCUCAGUUAGUCAAACGCUAUCGAUUCCAGUGUUGCCAGCAAACUGAUCCAACCAUACAUUUUCAACACACUUAUGUUAUAACAGUACCCUUACGUGUUGUCCUAGAUGUUCAACUGAGAGAUUCAAUCAAUCAAUCAAACAAAAAAACAAAACAAAAUUAAUUAAUUAAAUACUAACAAC